AUGGCAUCCGAAAGCACUGCUCCCAAAGUCACUUUGUACUGGCUCGAGCAAUCCAGAGCCCAGCGCUUCAUCUGGCUCCUCGAGGAGUGCAAUGUCGACUACAACAUCAAGAUCUUCAAGCGCACACCUGAGGGAAUGGCACCUCCCGAGCUGAAGAAGGUGCACCCUCUGGGCAAGUCUCCCGUUGUCGGUAUCACCGCUCCUGGUAGAACCGACCCUUUGAUCCUUGCUGAGUCUGGUUUCAUUACUGAGUACUUGACCGAGCACUUUGCUCCUCACCUUGCACCCAAGAAAUUUGAGGAUGGCAAGGAAGGUCCUGGUCUUGAGACUGAAGAGUGGUUGCGUUACCACUUCUUUAUGCACUAUGCCGAGGGCUCUUUGAUGGCUUUGAUGGUCAACAACCUCGUCUUCAGCUUCCUCAAGAGCGACAAGAUCCCCUUCUUCAUCCGUCCCAUCACGGGCGGCAUCGUCAACAAAUUCAACGACAUGUUCUUCAACCCCAACUUUAAGGCUCACUUCGACUUUUUAGAGUCUCAACUCGCCAGCGCACCCAACGGUGGUGGUUUCCUCUGUGGCAAGGAUCUUACCGCCGUGGAUAUCUUGAUGUCCUUCCCUAUGCAGGCUGGUCAAAAGCGACUGAAGAUGAUCAAUGCAACCACUUACCCCAAGUUGAAUGCCUAUGUUACCAAGCUCGAAAACAUGGAGGGAUACAAGAGGUCCAUCGACAGAAUUGAAAAGGAGACUGGUGAGAAGUUUUCUGUUAUGAUGGGUGCUGAGUAG